AUGAAAAAAUUCACCUUAUCUCACACCGGAGACAGCGAUUCUUCCCGGAGUGUGCAUAGUUUGCACGGCUCUAACGAGGUUCAUCCGGAAACGGAGUUGCCCCGGAUUACUGUGCUCACUGUACUGUUCCCCAAUUUUGGCAAAAAGACUUGUCUCAAAGUGAUUGGAGAUGCAGUCCUGUUGGAUAUCAAACGCAAGUUACUCAAAGCAUUCGGGUCGUUACUAAGUGAUGGACAGAAUAUGGGUCUGUUCCUACCCGGAGACGGGGGGAAAAUGGGCAAAUUCAUGGAAGAAGAGCGUCUCCUGUCCGAAUAUGCAUGUGAGAAACCGGAAAUGUUGUUAGAAUUUGUCUACAAAAGACGAAUGGUUCCUCCAGUGUCUGUCACUUCUCCGCUCGUAGAAAAGUUUUCCAAAGAUUUGACCAAAGCAUUUUUACGAUAUGUGACUCGGGGAGAUUAUAAAAAGGUAGAGAAAAUCCUAUCCAAGGGGUUUGACCCCAAUUUUCAGUGCCCAAAAACUGGGGAAACUCCGCUCACAAUUGCUGUGACACGAUCUAAACCGUACAAUAUGAUCAGUACACUGAUUGCUGGUGGAGCACAUCGAGAUUACUAUUCCAAAUGUGGCAUGACUCCAUUGCACAAAGCUGCUGCCGCGCGAAAUUUCGAGGCAGUCAAAUCCCUGCUAGAUUUUGGCCAAUCACCGAAUUGUCGCGAUCGAAGUGCACUGACCCCGUUGUAUGUGAACAUCCUGUACGAUCCGGAUAAACGCAUCUGUCAUCGACUACUGUACGAGCACUCCGAAUUGGGUGUGGCUAAUCGGGAGGGAUUGCAAGAAAUUCAUCAGGCUGCUCGACUAAAUCGUGUGGAACAGAUCAAUCUGUUGGUGAUGUACGGCGCGGACGUGAACUCUCGCUGUGUUCGACCUUCUCCUAGUGUCUCGAGUGAGGCUGCCGGGAAUCCAAUCAUACCGACCUCUACCAGUGGAGAUACACCACUUCAUGUGGCCGCUUCUGCAGGUCAACGGGAAGCGGUUCUCCGAUUGCUCUCGUGGGGCGCUGAUCCAACUUUGGUAAAUCUAGCCAAUCAGACAGCUGUCCAACUGGCUCAAGCAUGUGGGCAUGCCGAACUAGCUGAGACAAUCCGCCUAUUCCGGGGAGAUGCACAGAAUGGAGCUUACGGUAGGUAA